CCGAGCCGUCGGGGCGUAGCCGUGCAGCCAGCGUCCUUGGGCGAGGAAGAUGCUGCCGAUCAGGAAGACCGCGAAACAGGGCAAAAGGGGUAUUCUAGAACGCUUGGAUGCUGGAGAAAUUGUGAUCGGAGAUGGGGGAUUUGUCUUUGCUCUUGAAAAGAGGGGAUAUGUAAAAGCUGGGCCUUGGACUCCUGAAGCAACUGUAGAACAUCCAGAAGCAGUUCGUCAGCUUCACCGAGAAUUCCUCAGAGCUGGAUCCAAUGUUCUGCAGACCUUCACCUUUUAUGCCAGUGAGGACAAACUAGAGAACAGGGGCAAUUAUGUAGCUGAAAAAAUAAGUUGCCACAAAGUGAACGAAGCUGCUUGUGACAUUGCAAGAGAAGUGGCUAAUGAAGGUGAUGCUUUAGUGGCUGGAGGAGUCAGUCAAACACCAUCUUACUUAAGCUGCAAGGAUAAAACUGAGGUUAAAGCAGCCUUUCAAAAGCAGCUGGAAGUCUUUAUGAAGAAGAAUGUGGACUUCUUAAUUGCAGAGUAUUUUGAACAUGUUGAAGAGGCUGUGUGGGCAGUUGAAGUUCUAAAAGAAUCUGGAAAGCCAGUUGCAGCUACAAUGUGCAUUGGUCCAGAAGGAGACAUGCAUGGAGUGUCCCCUGGACAAUGUGCUGUCCAGCUGGUGAAGGCUGGUGCUUCUAUAGUUGGAGUCAACUGCCAUUUUGAUCCAGAAACUUCCAUCGAAACCGUGAGGCUGAUGAAAGAGGGCUUGCAGGCUGCUAAACUGAAAGCCCACCUGAUGUGCCAGCCACUUGCUUUCCAUACUCCUGACUGUGGAAAGCAGGGAUUUAUUGAUCUUCCAGAAUUUCCUUUUGGUCUGGAGCCAAGAAUUGCCACCAGAUGGGACAUUCAAAUAUAUGCAAGAAAAGCAUACGACUUAGGAAUUCGUUUCAUUGGAGGCUGCUGUGGAUUUGAGCCAUAUCAUAUCCGAGCAAUAGCUGAGGAGUUGGCUCCUGAAAGAGGAUUUUUGCCAGAAGCUUCUGAGAAACAUGGUAGCUGGGGUGAUAACCUGAGCAUGCAUACCAAACCCUGGGUCAGAGCAAGGGCAAGAAAAGAAUACUGGGAGAAUCUGAAGCCUGCUUCCGGCAGGCCAUAUUGUCCUUGCAUGUCAAAGCCAGAUGGCUGGGGGGUGACCAGAGGAGCCAAGGAGCUGAUGCAACAGAAAGAAGCAACAACUGAACAACAGCUGAAGGAGCUCUUUCAGAAAAAGAAGUUCUAAUCUGCAGUUAUAUAAAUCUUAAAAUGAUUUAUUUACAGACCAACUCAUGAUCUUAAAGGUCCCUUCCAACCUAGAAAUUCUGUGAUUCUAUGUUUCAGAAGAAAAUCUGUGAAGAUGAGAACUGUAUUGAUUAAUCAGUUAAAAUGUAAGGAAAGAGACAAAAUGAAGAAAAAAAUGUGAUUACAUAGUAAACAUGUCUAACUUUGAUAACAAAAUCCUUCUCUGAAUGAAUAGUUUAGAGAAUACACAGUCAAAAGUAAUUUUGGAUUUUCAUAAUAAUUGAGCUUCUGUUAGCUGA